GGGGGUAAAGUGGAUGUGGACACACAGGAGCGCAUUUAGGAGGAGUCGCCGCUUCUUCUCUUCUCACUUUUGAUUUGACAAGUGAAGAUUCGCGUUCCACAUGACACACACGUAAGAGAGAGAUUGCGCGUCUGGGUUCAGUCUGCGGGGAUAAAAAAAGCAAUAAACUAUGGACAGGAGGACGAACUUUGGGGACGUUUUACACAAAACUCUGAACGUCUCGGGUAAAAAGAUGGACUCGUUGCGUGCUCCGGGUUCCGAGGCAUCGUGCAGAGAGCACCAGUCGCCGCUCAGAUCGUUCGAUCCGUCCGACUCAGAUCCGCUUCAGGCUGUCGGAGGAGUGGGGUCUCUCGGUCUCGCUGGUGGAUCCAUGCGGAUGCCAUACGGCGUUGGAGGCGAAGGCACGAGCGGACAGAGCAGCGGCGGAGAGCAGAGCCCGGACGACGACAGCGACGACCGGUGCGAGAUGAUGCUCUUGGCGACGGCUCGAGACCCGAGGACGACUUCUGCAGCGGCGGGUGCGUCGGGCGCAAAGUGCGAAACGGGGAAGAAGAACCGUGAGCAGAAGAUGCUGCGGCUAAACAUCAACGCGCGCGAGCGGAGACGGAUGCACGACCUGAACGACGCGCUGGACGAGCUGCGGGCGGUCAUCCCUUACGCGCACAGCCCGUCCGUGCGCAAGCUCUCCAAGAUCGCCACUCUGCUCCUCGCCAAGAACUACAUCCUCAUGCAGGCGCAGGCGCUCGAGGAGAUGAGACGGCUCGUGGCGUAUCUAAACCAGGGCCAGCCCGUGUCGCUUGCACCGAGCCUGAGCGCGUAUGAACAGUCGCCCGGGUACCCCGCGUUCCCCACCGGAGCCGCCGCGGCCUCCUCAUGCCCCGACAAAUGUGCCCUUUUCAACAGCGUCACCUCUAGUCUGUGUAAACAGUGUACCGACAAGCCUUAAAACACACACACACACACACACACACACACACACACACACACACACACACACACACACACACACACACACA